AGUGUAGCGCGAGGGGGCGGAGUCUGGCUCAGGUGCGUCAGCACUUCCUGCUCGCGCAGGUAUCUCGGUAUCGGACACACCUGAAGCUCCGGAUCUGACUGCCGCAGUUUUACUCGGAAUCGACGACGCAUUUCCACCGAAACUGCUUUAAACGACGGUUUACGUCUGGCUAAUGAGGAAUUACACCGUUCUGGAGGAGACGAGCACUUGUAGAGCUGUUUCAGAUUGGUCUUCGAUCAUUUAUACAAGGAUUUUACUGGAGGUUUUGUUCAUUUGGAGAAUGACUCCGGCUCGGCUCUGGUUCUUCUGGACCGCGGUGGUUUUGCAUGUGGCUUCGUCAGAGGCUCAGGAUGAAGGGAAAUGCAUGGAUAAGUUCAGUCUUGGCAAAGAGGAUUUUGUGUUGGACGUAGAUGAAUCUGUGAAGGAAGGGGCCACGUUCCUGAGUUCUCCUCAAGUGUCUCGGCCUGAAGACUGUGUUCUGGCCUGCUGUAAUGAUCCAAACUGUAAUCUGGCUCUGAUUGAACAUGGAGAAAAUCCCAAAAGCAUCAGCUCGUGCUUCAUCUUCAACUGCCUGUACAAACAGAAGAAAGUCUGUCGCUUUGUGAGAAAGAAUGGCUUCAACAACUACGUUCUGAUAUCUGUUUUUAAAGAUUACCUUGAGCAAAAAAAUUCAGAUGUGGAGGACAAACAUCCAGUCGCAGUGACCGGGCAGGACAGAGUCGUUCAGCCCAAAGAAGAUGUGGUUCUGAACGGCAUUGAGAGCAAAGACGAUAAAAAGAUCGUAAAAUAUGAGUGGGAAAAGGUGUCUGGAGACCCAUCAGCAGUUAUGACGCUUGCAGAUGUGGAGGACAAACAUCCAGUCGCAGUGACCGGGCAGGACAGAGUCGUUCAGCCCAAAGAAGAUGUGGUUCUGAACGGCAUUGAGAGCAAAGACGAUAAAAAGAUCGUAAAAUAUGAGUGGGAAAAGGUGUCUGGAGACCCAUCAGCAGUUAUGACGGAAGGGCCGUUUGAGGAUUCAGUGACAGUCUCCAAUCUUUCUCCGGGGAUGUAUAAGUUCAGACUCACGGUCACAGAUGCCGCUGAUCAGACCGGAUCGGCCGAGGUGUCUAUUUUGGUCCUGACGCCAGAACAGUCACUCCAUCACUGUCUGGUGCCGAAGAAGGAGGGUCCGUGUCGAGGCUCUUUCCCACGCUGGCACUACAACGCCGUCACAGAGAAAUGUGAGCAGUUCAAGUUUGGAGGCUGCAAACCAAACCGCAACAACUACCUGGCGCUCAACGAAUGCCUGAACGCUUGCGACAAAGUUUCAGCUUCUGCUAAGCCACCGUCUGGAAGAUUAGGUCCGAUCCACGAUCAUCGUGAGCAGUGUGACGCGGCUUGUGGUCCAGAUCAUUUCUCAUGUUCAAGUAAAUGCUGCAUCGAGAAAGAGUUGGAGUGUGACGGGGAACCGCAGUGCAGCGACGGUUCGGACGAGGCUGAAUGCUCCAAACUGGACAGCAAGUUCCGUCGAUUGCUGGAUAUUCCUGUGGACAAAAGCAAAGGUGAUUGUUCAGCUGCCAUCGUGAUCGCCAUCAUCCUGGGCUUGGCCAUCGCCGUCCUGCUGGUGGUUAUCUUAUGUUGCCUCCUGAAGGGAAAGAAGAAGCACAGAAACAAACAUCAGCACGUGGCCGUUAACGGCGGUCACGUUCACAGCUACGAGGAUUCAGAGAAACUCGUCUACAACAGCACAACCAAACCCAUCUGAGCAUUAACUCCGUUUAACAGGACAUCUAUUCUUACUGCUGGAGCGUGACGUGAAAAAUUAAUUUGUAUAUGCAAUAAUUAUUUGAUUUCUUCACUUGUUUUGAGUAGACGGGAUGGAAACUGUGCAGAAAGUUCGUUUGAUUUGCUUGUUUUGAGUUUAAAACAACUUUUAUUACCAGCUGCUUUUUUUUUUUAACUUUUCUUAUUUCUGUUCUUUGCUUUAUAUAUUAGCUUGUUGGAUUUUGCUCAGGGGUGAAUGUGUUGCAAUAGCGUAUAAUAAAGCCAGUUUUAUGACCACAAAAAAUUAAAUCAAGAUUCUUGAGCCAUGUGCUUCAAUUUUGCAAUACAGCUGGGCGAAGACUGGAGUGUUUUUUGUUUUUAUUUGAAAUGCUGCCUCUCAUCAGUUAAUUUUAAAGCCAUGUAAACAUUGCAAUACUAUCUAGAAAUUAGUUUUAUAUUUUAGUUUGAGAUAUGAUAUAUUGAUUAAUGGCUCUUUGUCGUGUAAACUCUUGUUUUGUUACAUUACGUUAGCUACAUUAGGAGUUUUAUUUUCUUUCUUUUUUUAUUACUAUAUAUUGUUUCUGUUUAGUAAACUGAUGUUUUGGAUUCAGAAAUGACAUUUGUGGUGAAAAAUCCUACCCACACGCUGCAAAUUUGUACAUAGACUUUUUUUUUUUAAUAUGUAUCAAAAACUUGCCUGAUGUGUAAACUAUUAAUCAUAGACAGUCUCAAUAAAACGAAAGUGUACAGACUGUG